CGGAGCCGUUGAGUCAGUCAGCUGAGGGAGGAACUCCGACAACAGAAAGUCAACCAGGAAGACGAGGCGACAAACAACCGGGAAUAACACGGUGUUAGCGCUUCACCACUCGUAUUUGGUAUAUUUAUAUAUAUAUUUAGGUUUAUACAAAGCAGCGACAUGGCUUCCCUUUUCAAGAAGAAGACUGUCGACGACAUAAUCAAGGAACAGUCUAAGGAGUUGCGAGGCACUCAGAGACAGAUCACCAGAGACAGAGCAGCGCUGGAGAAACAAGAGAAACAAAUGGAAGCAGAAAUCAAGAAGAUGGCCAAGAGCGGCAACAAAGAGGCGUGCAAGAUUCUCGCCAAACAGUUGGUCCAGCUGAGGAAACAGAAGAACCGCACGUACGCCGUCAGCUCCAAAGUCACCUCCAUGUCUACGCAGACGAAGGUCAUGAACUCCCAAAUGAAGAUGGCCGGCGCCAUGUCCACCACAGCCAAGACAAUGCAAGCGGUGAAUAAAAAGAUGGAUCCACAGAAGACUCUAAAGACCAUGCAGGACUUCCAGAAGGAGAACAUGAAGAUGGGCAUGACAGAGGAAAUGAUCAACGACACUUUGGAUGACAUCUUCGAUGAGUCUGGGGAUGAAGAGGAAUCUCAGGGCAUUGUCAACCAGGUUCUGGAUGAGAUCGGCAUUGAGAUCUCUGGAAAGAUGGUGAGAGCUCCAGCUGCAGGAAAGAGUCUCCCCAGCGCCGCCGCCUCCUCCAAAACGUCAGCCACCAUCUCUGACGAAGAGAUCGAGAGACAGCUCCGAGCACUGGGAGUGGACUAAAUGCCUUCUUCGUGUUAAUGUUCACAUUAGAAAACCUGUGCGACAUUGAUAUUGAUUGAUAUGGACUGUUUUUCGACACAUCGGCUUUGUUCAGAUGCUACAGGUGUAACAAAGGACACACACACACACACACAAAGUAACCUGAAGGCAUGCAGGCAGACGGGUUAUAUUUAACACAAACACAUAUUCACGCAUUAUUUAGUAAGUUGAAAGAACAUCGGAUCUAUUUAUGCGAAAAUAUUUAUUAUGAUACUGAAGAGACCACAGCCUGAAGGUCGAUCAAUGAAAGGUGCUUGGCCUUAACAGUUCUGAACCACCUACACUGUUUACCAUCCAUCUUUGUCUUACUAAGGGCUACAGUAGAUGUGACUUUUGAACUGGCUUUUCCAUCUUUUGGUCAAACUUGAUAAUCUAUCAGCUUUGUACGCGACUGAAGGCGGAUGGCUUUUCUCUAGCAAGUAAAACAUGGUAAUUAAAAAAAAUAAUAAAAAAAAAAAAAGCUUAGGGGUUGUCCGUAACCAGAUGUAUUGUUUUUCUUCUCACUAUUAACCUGCGAUCAUUGUCCCUGCUGGUUGUCUUAACACUCCUUAAACACUCCCCUGAGGUAAACUAUCCUCUACUCUGUGUUCAUGUUUUUCAUCAUCAUCAAGCGAUUGGGAGAAAUUGAGCAACUGGUCGACUAGCUAAUUAAUUAUCAUGUUUUCUUUUAAUACUUCUUAGGUAUGCUACCAUAGAUACUGGAGAUGAUGUAACUCAGACAUAUGCAUGUUAAACAUAUAACUAAUGAUGCCUCGGGGCAAGGGUAAGGCCUUCGACUUUACUUGGAAACAAUGCAUGCCACGGUGACGUGGUGUUUUAAUUAGCACCACUGAAGUUGUGAUGAUAUACAAAUUGCGAGAAAACUUAAUCAAACACAAAUUAGGACUAAUGCAAGACUGGCAUAUCAAAUAGUUUUGAAUCAAUUGUUUGAUACUACUGAGUGAUUUUUUUUUAUUCUUGGUUGUUUACUAUCUGAUUAUGCAUCGUAUAUUGGACAUGGGAUUUACACAGUGAUUGUAGGAUGGCACUGCUCCUGCAGUCCCUCUUCUCUUUCAGCUGCUGUGCAGUUACUGUCAUUUAUUUUAAGCUGCCUCUCACACACACACACACACACACACUACAGCAACAAAAUGACGGAAGUGUUGGCUGAAAUGACACUGUGAUCAAAGAGAUGUUUUUUUUCUCUUCAGAGCUGAAGGUGAAUCUUCCAUGCAGUGAUUUAUUCAUGUCAGCCAGCUUCACGAGGGUGACGGACACAUUAUACUGAGUGUCGUCUCUCUCUUUCCCUCUCUGGCUUUUUGUUCCCAUAUUGAUUUCCAUUGCCAAAACAAACUGAAAAUCUUUUAAUUCUUGCAUGUAUCUAACAUGAUGAACACAACAUGCUGUAAUUCAUUGAUUUUCUUCUUCUUCUUUUUUUGUAAAUCAUUCUUUCCAACAGUCUAUUGUGAUUGUUAUCGGAAACAAUGUUUUAAAGAUGAAAUGCUUGAGUUGAUGAAAUUGUUUGAGUGCCGCCCAAUAAUUAGGAAAUGUCCACUCUUUUUGACAAGUGUAUGUAUCCUCCUCCUCCUUUUUUUCUUUAGUCAUUUUAAAGUGACUCUGUAAAAGGUUCAUGGCUUUUAUAAGGAAUAAAACUUCUUCAGGUAC